UCCUGGCUUUCACAGGGUUGUUUUGGAGGAAGUUAAAGCAGAUCCCGAAACAGAAAAAGACCCGUCAGGUAACAGGGGGGCCAAUAGUGGUUACAGCACCCGUAUCGGUAUCUCCGAUUCAGGAUUGGUUCACUCACACUCUAGCCUAAGCGAUCCAGUCUUCCGCUGGCGACAGAGGCUGGAGUUAUUGUUUGUUUUUUCUCAUAAACAUCAGGCUUGUGUAAGGACACGGUAGCGAUUUAGCUCACAGGCUACACCACAGCGCAGAUACAGACUGAUAUUCGCUAGAACUUCUGUUUUAUAAACCAGCUGUGACACUAUGACAUCAAGGAAGAAAGUUCUUCUGAAGGUGAUCAUCCUUGGAGACUCCGGGGUUGGGAAGACAUCUCUGAUGAACCAGUAUGUGAAUAAGAAGUUCAGUAAUCAGUACAAAGCUACUAUAGGAGCAGAUUUCCUGACAAAAGAAGUGAUGGUUGAUGACCGACUUGUCACAAUGCAGAUAUGGGAUACAGCAGGUCAAGAGCGGUUCCAGUCUCUGGGUGUGGCUUUCUACCGCGGUGCUGACUGCUGUGUGCUGGUGUUUGACGUCACUGCCCCCAACACCUUCAAGACACUGGACAGCUGGAGGGACGAGUUUCUGAUCCAGGCCAGCCCACGCGACCCAGAGAACUUCCCCUUCGUGGUGCUGGGCAACAAAAUUGAUCUGGAGAAUAGGCAGGUAACAACCAAGCGGGCGCAAGCUUGGUGUCAGAGUAAGAACAACAUCCCGUAUUUUGAGACCAGUGCAAAGGAGGCCAUCAACGUAGAGCAGGCUUUCCAGACCAUCGCACGCAAUGCACUCAAACAGGAAACCGAAGUGGAGUUAUACAACGAGUUUCCGGAGCCAAUUAAACUAGACCGGAACGAUAGAGCCAAGCAAUCAGCAGAGACUUGUAGCUGCUGAGGACCUCCAGGGGGCGAUACGUUUCAUGCUCAGCCUCUCUGGCCUUGUCUCUGCCUCACUCCCUC